AUGGCUGCAAUGCUAACGGCGGGCAGGGAAGAGAUACCCAUUUUUGAAGCCUUGCAGUCGGCGAGUAAUACGCUUAUUAUGCCGCCUUCUCAUCAUCAAGUACAGCAGCAAAAGCAGUCCCAUGCAAGUCAACAAUUCCAAGAGGAGCAGCAAAGGCAGCCGUCUGUACAAUUGCCCGUGAAGGCAGCAACUGACGGCGGAAUGGAUGCGACUGCUCGUAACUCCGGUACUGAAAAUCCAACAAUUGUCGUGGGAAUGCUGGUGCAAUGUGGGGAAUGCGGCAAGAAAUUUAUUAAUUCCCACUAUUUGGAUAAACAUAUUAAUAAAAGGCAUCGGGGAGAUGUCCGGCAGUCCGGCAUUGCCCGAUUUGAUACAUCACACUUCUCAACACUUGGCCAGACUGGGUUUCAGCAGCCUUUUGAGACCGUCAGAGCGAUCGUAUCAGCACCUCUAUCAAUAUUUGAGCAGCAGCAGCAACAGCAGCUUAAGCAACAACAGCAGCUUUUGCAGCAGCAGCAAAGCCUUCAGCAACAGCAGCACCUUUUACAGCAGCAGUUAAGCAUGCUAAGCGCUGCUGCCUUGAGAGCUAACGAAGUGCCACAGCCGGUCACUGCAAUUUCUCAUCCUGCUCCAGUAGUAUCCGCCACAGGAGCUGUGCCAUUCGGGGAGGUGGGAAACACUCUUGCUGCAGCGGCAGGAACCAAGAAUUCUGCUAUACCAACGGCAGACGAUAAGCAGCAGACAGUGGCUGAAGUGAAACAAGACGUUCAGAAGGAGAUUCAGAAAGCAGUCAAGGCUCCACAACAUCGUGACACCGCUUUGAUGCUUCUAAAUGAAAUAAGGAGCCCGACUUUAAGAAACACAAAGGUGACUGUUGUGGAAGACGAAUAA